UAAAACGUUUAAUUCCAGCACACAGCUGAUUUUGACAACGCAUGGCGAGGUGAAGACCGAUCCGAUAAAAUUUCCCUUUUGCACAACAAGAUGUUUUGUUCAAAGAUUUUCCGAUAUUCGGCACCGUUAUCAUGCAACCGAAUAUUGCACCCGGCAUUAACCAAAUCCAUGGCAUCUUACGGCCCUCACUUCGUACAACCAAUAUUUAAGCCAGCAAAACAGAAAGAAAUUUUCGAAUCGGGUGAGGCGGAGAGACUGGCGCAUGUCCCACUGAAAGCUGCCAAGAACGAUGAAACGUCGUCCGUUUUUCACGAUGACAUUCUGGCUAAGUUUACAAAUUACGUAAUGAAAGGUGGAGGCAAGGCUCUGGCACGGAAUCUAGUUGAAAAGUCGUUGGAAAAUAUCAAGCGAAUUCAGUUGGAGCGGUACAAUUUAGCCGAACCAAAUGAACGCGAUAGCAUCGAACUGAAUCCGGUGGCAAUACUUCACAAAGCAGUCGAAAAUUGCCGCCCAAUUCUGACUUUGACGCCGGUCAAACGGGGCGGAUCAAAAUAUCAGGUGCCCGUGCCAUUGACUGAAAAACGGUCCUACUUCAUUGCAAUGCGAUGGUUGGUGCAAGCCGGCAGAGAAAAGGAGCGUACCGUACAUUUUCCCGAGAAAAUAGCAUGGGAAUUGCUGGACGCUGCAGCUAAUACCGGACGAGUGGUGAAGAAGAAACAUGAGGUACAUAAACAGUGUGAGGCGAACAGAGCCUAUGCUCAUUAUCGCUGGAAUUAGAUGGGUGCGUCGUUGUAACAUGGGUGUAAAAUGAAAACGUUUUCGUUUCGAAUAAAAUUUGACUUUACU